GCAAAAGCAUCUUUGUUUAUUUGAUCUGACGUUUCUCUCUCUCUCUCUCUCUCUCCCCCCUCGGCUUUCUUAUUUUGCCCUCUGAUUUCUUCGGCGACGGUGGUGAUCCCAUCGGAGGCUUAGCCGGAGCUUGAAUGGCGCCGGCUUCGAACCGGUUGAUUGCCGCGACGAUCCUGUUCCUUCUCUCUUCGAAUGCCGCCGUUGGAAACCUCCACCAAUCUCCCGGCUUCGGAGCCCGACGCCCCAUGUUGCUGCCGCUGUUUCUUUCUCCGAUGAAUUCUUCUUCUAGAUCUGUGUCCGAAUCCCGCCGAAGCCUCCAGAAAUCAGAUUCGGGUCACCUUCCUUACUCUCGCAUGAGACUCUACGACGAUCUUCUCCAUAACGGGUAUUAUACGACGCGGAUUUGGAUCGGGACACCGCCGCAGAUGUUUGCGCUUAUAGUGGAUUCAGGAAGCACUGUUACGUAUGUUCCUUGCUCCGACUGUGAACAAUGUGGCACCCACCAGGACCCUAAAUUCGAGCCGGAGUUAUCGAGCACCUAUCAACCUGUGAAAUGUAACAUGGAUUGCAAUUGUGACCAUGAUAGGGAAAAAUGUGUUUACGAGAGAGAAUACGCUGAACACAGCUCCAGCAAAGGUGUGCUCGGGGAAGAUCUUAUAUCCUUUGGCAAUGAAAGCCUUCUUCCUCCUCAGCGUUCUGUUUUUGGUUGUGAAACUGUUGAAACCGGUGAUCUUUACAGUCAACGUGCUGAUGGAAUAAUCGGUUUGGGCCAAGGGGACCUCAGUCUUGUGGACCAGUUGGUGGAUAAAGGUGUGAUAAGCGAUUCUUUCUCUUUGUGUUUCGGAGGAAUGGAUAUUGACGGAGGUGCAAUGAUUCUUGGUGGUUUUUCUUACCCAUCUGAUAUGGUUUUCACCGAAUCAGAUCCUGAUCGCAGUCCAUAUUACAAUAUAGAUUUGAUGGGGAUACGUGUUGCGGGGAAGCAGUUGCCCUUAAACCCAAGUGUCUUUGAUGGAGAAUACGGCACUGUUUUAGACAGUGGUACCACUUAUGCUUAUCUUCCAAAUGCCGCAUUUUCAGCACUUAAAGAGGCUGUUAUGAGAAAAGUUUCUGAACUGAAGCAGAUUGAUGGUCCUGAUCCAAAUUUUAAAGACAUAUGCUUCUCAAUCGCUACAAGAGAUGCCCUUGAACUCUCAAAGACAUUCCCAGCAGUUGAAAUGGUAUUUAAGAGUGGGCAAACAUGGUUGCUUUCUCCUGAAAAUUACCUGUUUCGACAUUCCAAGAUGAAGGGGGCAUACUGUCUAGGUGUUUUCCCAAAUGGAAAUGAUCACACAACUCUUUUAGGAGGAAUUGUUGUUCGCAACACACUUGUCGUGUAUGACCGUGAGAAUUCUAAGGUGGGAUUCUGGAGGACCAAUUGUUCCGAGUUAUAUGAAAGGCUUCAUAUGGAUAUUGCUCAUCCGCCCGUCUCGUUGCCUUCAAAUCACUCAACCUCUCCCGAGAAUGAAUCAUCCCAUAAUUCAGGUGUUCUUCCAGGGGAGAUCAAGAUCUGUAAAGUGAAUGUCGAUAUACUACUAACAAUUGAUCCAUCCAAUCUGAAGCCUCAUAGCGAAGAACUCUCAGAGUCUAUUGCCAAGGGAUUGGAUCUCGAAGUUUCACAGGUCCAUUUAUUGAAUAUCACUGCCAAUGGAAACAACAACUCCUCCCUCGUAAGAUUGGCCAUUUCCUCUCCUGGACCUUCUAGUUGUUUUUCCAAUGUCACUGCGACGAGCAUAAUAUCUCGGCUUGUCAACCAUAAGGUCCAGCUUCCUGACACGUUUGGAAAAUAUGAGCUGCUUACAUAUGAAUUCGAGCCUCAGGAAAAGGGGGAAAGGAUGAAGCAGAAGGAAGUGAUGAGGGCAAUGGGGAUAGUGGUGAUAGUGGGAGGAUUGAGUGGGGGAGGAUGGUGGAUCAUCAUCACAUGGAAGAAACGCAGACGAUCACAGAUUCCGUACAAACCGGUGGAAGCCGCCGAGCAUGAACUCCAGCCCUUAUAAGUCCGUUCCGUACGGUGCAUGCAUCCGUACGUUACGUACUUGUCCCGUCCUGUCCCCCCCCCCCCAUUGUUUAUACUCACACGGACUCACGAUGAUCUUGCGGCAGUUGUAGGAAUAGACCGAUAUUACACCCUGAUCUGGAAAAAUAAACAGAGCCCAAAAUUUUCCGUGCCUUAAUGAUUUUGUGUCGUGUUAAAUAAUGCAACUUGUUAUAUAUAUAUAUAUAUAUAUAUAUAUAUACACACAUCAUACCGCAUCGCUUUGUAGAA